AUGAAUUUGAUUUUGAUCGAAGAGUCGCUAUUGCAGCAGAAGCUGGCUUUUUUGGCUAUGGUUGUUGCAGACAUGAUGCAAUCUGGUUUAGCCACCUUCUACAUCGUUACUCUUAUCCAAAACAUAGUUGGUAAAGACUUCCUUAUGUUGUCGAUCUUGCCAACUCAUGUUGCUAUAUCUGUAUCCGUAAAUGAUUUAAAUCAAAAAGAUAUAUCAAGCUCUAGGGCUUUUAAAUCAGGAUACAAUAUGAAAAAAAUGGAGAGGCUUACUCGUCUCCUUAAAGGGCCUUUGGAUGACCCAAAAGCUAGUGAAAUUUCUUCGAGCCGAUUUUCAGCAAAAGAACUUAGUGGUGGGUAUGAUGAAAAACAAACGACCAAACCUUUUGCACAUUCUGGGCAUAUUCAGUGUUCUGACGAUGCUGAUGAUUCUGAACACGUUGAGGCCAAUCAUAAUGUUGAGACGACAGGAGCUUUUGGACCUCCUGAGGGUUCUGAGGUAGCCGGUGUUUCGCUAGCUCCUCAGGUUGAUAAAACUAUGGCAACUUCCAGUACACAAGCUAACAAUGGAAAUUCUCCUGAUGUCUUUAUAACUAUCGAAGACUCUCGUUUUAAAGUUGAUGCUAAUUUGGAGAAAUCAGAAGAUAAAGAUAAGAAUUUUAACUCCGAUAAGGACAUUGAUAAAAUUAAGGUUGAUUCACGUAUCAUUUCAAGGCUUGAUAACUUGAAAAAAGAAUAUGAAAAAAUGAAACAUGAACCGGAUUCUUCUAUUUUAAAAGGAAUUCCUUUCUGUUCGGCCACGAAAAAUAAUAUACUUGGGAUUCACUUUAUAGCUGCUGUAUUUGCUGCUGUUUCUGGACCUAUGUGUUUUUCUGGUUCUCUGAAAGACCAGUGUUACGGCUCUAUAGUUGGAAUCAUUGCUGCUAUACUACUUUAUUUUACCGAGAUCUCAAUACUUUUUAACCGCACUCAAGUUUUUAUAAGUUCUAUUAUAUGUGGGUUUUUGACCUUCCUUUUCUGCUAUUAUGAUAGUGAAAUCUCAUUUUGGCCAAUCGUUUUGGGAGCUACCCUUUGGAACCUUCCUGGUUUCUCGAUAACGAUGGGGGUAGUAGAAACAUUUUAUUUCAAGUCCAGCGGGGGGAUUAUCGGAGUUUCGAUGCUCAUCAAAGGAAUGUCAGAGGGUAUUCUCAUGGCGCUUGGAUUCGGUGUCUCAAUAUAUAUUGGUCGAUUAAUCUUUAACGGGCAUUAUGUGCACCUCUCUAUUCGUGCUAAUAGUACCGAGCAAUUUUCCCCUACUACGAUUGCACUAUUUUCUUCUUCCUUUUUGACAGUUGGGGCGACCCUUCUAAUGGAAGGAUCACGUAUGCAAAUUCUCCUUUCUUUUAUUCCUAUGGUAGUUUGCAACUUUGUCUUAUUUGGUUGCAUCGAGUUGGGAAUGCCAAGCAUGCUUUGCGAUUUCCUUGCCUCUUUCUCAGUUUGCAUCUUGUCUAUGAUAAUUAGCGAAUAUACAAAGAGCUCUUAUCUUGUUUACGUUUAUAAUGGAAUCCUUCCUCUCGUCCCUGGGGGCAAUUUUGUCAAGGAAACGUUUGGAAUUAUUGAAGACAUGGUUGUUGGCGAUUACGAGCACCCUGAAAAAAAAGAUUUCGCCAAGACAAAGUAUCCUCCGUUUAUGUCGUCAAUCGUAUCUGCAUUUAGUAUUGGGCUUGGAAUAAUCGUUAGCGACUCUAUUUAUAAUCUAUUGAAAAAAUCACUCUUAAAACUGAAAAAAGUUGUCACAUUUUACCAGAUUCUUCUUAAGUAA